CUGAACCUCGAUUUCUAUUUCUAUCUCAUCACCGACGAGGCCACCGGAAAGAAGAAGCUGAAGGUGAACGCCUGGUUUAGCAGCCGGGUAACAACCGUCGCCAUUCGCACGGCGCUCAGCUACGUCACUAACCUGAUCAACGGCGUCAGGAAGGGUUACCGUUACAAGAUGCAUUUCGUGUACACACGCGCCGCCUCGUCCUCUCACAGCGGGUGCCGACGGUCCUGCCGUACGUGGAGGAGAAGUGUCACAUCCGCCAGCACGCACCUCAUCGAGACCUACCCCUCCCUGCAGCCCAAGACCGCCGUCUUCACCCACAACGACGGUCAACCUCCUCCAGGCCACGGCACCGUCCCAAUCUUCUUCCAGGGCGUCACCUACAACAUCCCCGUCAUCAUGUGGCUCAUGGAUUCUUCCCCAGAAGAGAGGGCCAUUCAUAUGCAAGCUGAGAUUGCUACCUCGUGUAUGCAUUUUGCUGCUUCUCUUUUGGUAUUGGAUGAGGGAUGCGCCACCCCUGUGUGGUUGGUUGAUGCUAUGGCGGUUGAGAUGCAUGCGGGCUUGGCCUCCGAAGGCGGGUCAAAGCUGAAGAUGCUUCUCACCUAUAUCUGCGACCUCCCUACUGGGAAUGAAAAGGGGAUUUAUUAUGCUCUAGAUCUCGGCGGUACCGAUUUCCGGGUCUUGCGAGAGCUUUUUGAUUAUAUCGAAACAUCAUUGAAGGAUUUUGUUGAAAGAGAAGAAAAUGCUUCAGAGCCUUCACAAGGGGAAAAAAGUAGACUUGGCUUCACAUUUUCAUUCCCAGUGAAACAAACUUCUUCAUCAUCAGUCAAACUGACGAAUGGAUUCUCUAUUGAUUACAUGGUUGUUAGGGAUGUUGCUCUGUGCUUCCCGGAGGCAAUAUAUCGGAAGAGCCUGAAUAUGCAAGUGGCUUCCCUU